CUUCAUAACCUUGCUAGAGCUCAAUCAUGCUGGCUGUAUUCAGCCAACUGUCUAUUACUACUUGGUCACAAUAAAGUUGAAGUUUAGUGCAAAGGAAUUCAUAUUUGAUGUUAUUUAGUAACUUUCUAUAAGCCGUAAAUAUGAAAGUAUCAAAGGUGCGAGUUUUAUAUGACUUCCAGGGUGAGCCUGGUAAUGGUGAACUCACAAUAUAUGAAAACGAUAUUCUAGAUGUUAUAAGGCAAGAUGUUGGCGAUGGCUGGUGGGAAGGGCAGAACCCGUCUGGACAUCGAGGGCUCUUUCCUGAAGCUUAUGUUGAGGUUAUUACGACACCGCCACCACCAUCAUUUAGUCCACCACCUGUACCUCAGAUGCAGUUGCCAACUGCACCUAUGCAAUCGCCAACUGCACCUCUGCAAUCACCAACAACACUGCCACAGAAAACAGAGAGUUUUGACGAUUGGGAUGAGGAUUGGGAUGAAGAGAGCUCCUACAGUCAAGAUUCCACCCAAGAAGGAGGUUUGAACGGGCAAGGUAAUUUCGGACUCAAUGCGCCAAAUAGAGAAUACAGAAAAAAUAGCACAGAUAUUAAAUCAGGAACAGUACGCAAAAAUUACUCAAGAUUUUCUGUGUUUUCUAAAUCUGGAGGAGAGGCAUAUCUUAUGGGAAAUGUAUCCAAAAAGUCUUUAUCUCCAGCAGGGGGAGUAACAAUUAUAGAAACGGAUGAAGGACCACAGUGGGAACCAGACAUUAAUCCCUUCCAAACUCAAAUCCGAAACCCUAAGAAAGAGAGUAAACUAAAAGGAAUUAAGAGUUUUAUAUGCUAUCAGAUCACACCAUCAAACACAGGAAUUCAAGUUAGUAGAAGAUACAAACAUUUUGAUUGGUUAUAUGAAAGACUUGUUGAAAAAUUCAUCACAAUUUGUGUACCAGCCCUUCCAGAUAAGCAAGUCACAGGACGAUAUGAGGAAACCUUUAUAGAGAAGCGAAUGGAGCAACUUCAGCGAUGGAUGUCAAGAAUGACCAAUCACCCUGUUAUAUCUCGCAGUGAAGUGUUCCAACAUUUUGUCACGUGUACAGAUGAGAAAUUGUGGAAGGUUGGCAAGAGGAAAGCAGAGAAGGGGGACUUUGCAGGAGCAGCAUUUUUCAGUUUGGUGCAAACACCCCAAAACCCCCUUGACCUAGCAGUUGUAGAACAACAUCAUGAUAAUUUCCACAAAUUCGUAAAAAGUAUGGACGAAAGCCUAAAGCAGGUGACGUUAUGCGUCCAUGAACACUCCAAGAAACACAUAGGACCCUUCAAGCGUGAAUAUAAUAAACUGGGAGCAUCAUUUUCAUCACUAGCCGCAUCUUUUGAACUCGACAAUGGCCUUCAUCCUGAUGUAUCAAAGGAAGAAUCACAGAGACUAACUUCAGCCUUGAACCAUACUGGAAAGACCUAUAGUGAAAUUGGCAAUCUGUACUCAGAACAACCAAAACAAGAUUUGUAUCCUCUUGAAGACAGCAUGAGGGAAUAUACCGGCAUGCUAGCUUGCUUUCCUGAUAUGAUCAGUUUCCAUAAGCACACCCUGGCAACCGAACGAGAAUGUCAAAAGUCACAAGAGGAUGGAAAAAUUGAUGGUCUUGAAGCAGAGCAGGUGCGAAGGCGAGCAGAUGUUAUAUCAUAUUCUAUGAUGGCCGAAAUGAACCAUUUCCAUCAAGAAAGAGUAAAGGACUACAAAGAAAUGAUGCAGCGGUACCUACAGGAACAGAUCAAAUUUUAUGAAACAAUUACCAAUAAACUCCAAGAGAACCUAGCAAUGUACGGAGACAUUAAUACCUAACUGGUUGCCAGGUUAUUCCCAGAUUUGUACAUGUACAUGGAAUACAGAUACUGAUGAUUUUGAACACUUCUAUCUACUAAAUCAUGACGUUUGUAAUUUCUAGGAGAGAUGCAUUUACGCUCAGAAGAUUAAGAAUAGAAUACCACCAAACCGAACUGCAAGAAUACGCAGAGUUAACACACUCAGAAACUCACUAGCCCUAGUAAUAAGCUGUUAGCCUACAGUAGGUUAAGGAUGAAACAAAAACACCAAAAACAUGUGUUAUUCCUUAAUUUACUACACACACAAUGCACACAGGGCAGUUGAAUGUGUGGCUACAAUAGUGAUUAUCGAGAAAGUUAUGUCUCUUAAUUUUUGUUAGCUAAGGAAAAAUCAAUAAGAACAUAAUUGAAUUCUACGUGUCACCUAUGAUGCACUGUGGUUAACAAAGUGUGAAGAAAUUAUGCAAUCAGGGUAUCUUGUAUUCCCUAUGAAAAAAAUAGGCCUUGAGUAAUUUUAAUCAAAAGAGGAAGCCUGCUUGUCAAAUUAACAGUUACCCAUGCCAGACUUAAAUUGUAUUAACAUACAUACAAAUGUCUUUAGAGGGACUGCAAAUUUGCAUAAUUUUAUACAUGCUUUGUACCAAAAACUAAACUAUAUGGGGCAGUUUUCAAACAUUCAGGAUUUUCAAUGUUACUAAAGUAUUCAUAAGAUAUGCUAGGUAAUACCUAUUAUAUGACUGCAGUAUUCACCUUACAUCAGUUAGUAAAAUUAGGCUUUAUAUAUUAGUUUUAAUAGUUGCACUGAUAUUUUUUUUUUAUUUGAUCAUAAAUUAUGCCAAUCACAGAAUUGAAACAACUUUUUAAAGAGCUGAUAUUCUUAGUAUAUAUUUAUAGGAAUUUAUCAAUUUUUGAAAUGUUUGGACAUCUGAAUUUGAAUUCCUUGAAAGCCAAGAUAACUUCCUCUAUAAAACUAUAAAUAUUUUCGAUUUCAUUUUUUAAAUCAAAGUAGAAGAAAAAAAAAGAAAGUUGUAUUUCUGGAAAGAUUUAAUCAGAUAAAUUUCUGAAAGACCGUUGGUCAUGUAAAUAAAGAAUGAUUCUGUACAGAAAUGCAUUUUACAAUAUGUUUUGUAUAUACAUUUUGGAAGCUGUUGUCAAAGUAAUAUAUUGUAUAAGAAUAUCCAAAUUUUGCCUUUGACUAUUACUGUAUCUCUAGUAUACAACAUGCCAAUACUAUAUUUGAUAUUAUUAUUAACAAUAUUGUUAUUACUGGAUUAUUAAUAUUGGGAUUAUUAUUAAUAUUAUUAUUGUUUAUUAGAUAAUUAAUAUAUAUUUAUUCUUUUUAUUAUUAAUUUUGUUAUUAAUUCUGUAUUAUUAUUUAGUAUUUUAAUUUCACAAAGAUUAAAAGUACUGAAAAGCCA